CUCCGGUCCGUCGGUCCUCUUGUCUGACCACCUCUAUCCAUGCCGCACACGGCUAGACGACUUGGCAGCUGAAGGAGCUUGUCUGCGGCGCUUGCGUGGUUUUGGGAAUGGCUUCCCACGCCCGCCACGUCGGGGGUGAGGCUCUUUGUCUCUUGGACAUGGCGCCCUGGUUGAAGGGAGAGGGGAGGACAGGAUUAGGCUGCCCCCAAGGCUGAAGUGUCAUGGGCUACGCACACCGUGCCAUGCCGAGAGCGGAUGAGGGCUAUGAUGUCUCCAUGGCAAUUCGGCACCACGCCCCUCGUCGAGGCGGUCUCUCAGUCGGUCGAACAAGCAAGCGUGCGUGAGAGGGGAAGCCGGCCGUGUGGUCGGUCCUGCGCCAGCUGCGGCGUCCAUGCAUAAGAAGGGGCGUCGUCGCGUCUGCCUUUGCCCUCCAGCCUCGUCGCCGCCUUGCACCCGCAGCGCAGUGGAACGCAGAAAGAGAAAAGAGACGAGUUCUCUUUGACUUGGGGGAGAAUUCCAAAGUGAGCUCCGGCUAGUCAGCCAGCCAGCCAGCCGGCAAGCAAGCAAGCCAAGGACUACCAAGUUCCAACUCCCGUCCAAACACAGUCCCCCCUCUGUCGAAAGGAUGUUGUCGUCUUAUUACUACUACCUGGCCCUGUUCGUCCCGGCGUUGGCCGUCGUCGCCUCGGCCGCCGAGCCGGCGGCGCCCAAGCUCUCGCCCCUCCUGGUCAACUUUGACGAGAAGCUCGAGGGCAGGACGGGCACGUACGAAAAGGUCGAGGACGUGGUGGGCCAGCUGUCUCUCGAGUCCAAGUUUGCCCCCAAUGCGCACAACGAGUCGGCGGGCGGCGAGGGCGGCGAUGUGCGCGCGCGGGAUGCGACGCGGGAGCUGACGGCGCGGACGGUGCUCGACGUGCUGCUGAACCGCCGGCAGUACUGCAACGCGGGCUAUGGCUAUUGUUCGAGCUUCGGACGCUGCUGCCCGCAGUCGGACCGGUGCUGCUCGUACGGCUACUGCCUGCCGCCCAACACGCGAUGCUGUCCCACGGGGCCCUGCGAGGGCAACAAGCUCUGCUGCGGGCAGUCGCACUGCUCGCCCGUCGGCGGCGACUGCUGCAGCGACGAGAGCUACUGCGAGCCGGGCAACCGCUGCUACCGGGUGCCGUCGCUGGGCAGCCGGCCCGUGUGCUGCACCGACUCGCAAUGCACGGCCGUGGUGCGCGGCGGCACCACCACCUACGCGACGACGAGCACCACGACGCGCACCUACACGACGACGCAGUCGCAGUACUACUACUGGACCAUCACCUACUGGUACUACUACUACUACUGGACCUACAGCUACCGCAUCGAGGCCUCGGUCGUCACCUCGACGCGCCGCACCACCUACACGACGCUCAGCGUGAGCACCACCGACCGCGCCGCCGCCUCGUCCUACUUCAGCUCCGUCUCCGCCACCCUGUCGCUGCCGACCCCCGCCGCGGCCACCUCGCUGGCCUCGCUCACCGGCGUCACCUCGCACGCGUCCAAGGCGCCCGACGACGGCGGCGGCGGCAGCAGCACGGCGAGCGACGCCGGGGGUGCGACGCCGACGGACACGGACACGGGCUCUAGCGGCGGAGAUGCAACGGCGAGCUCGGCGACAAGCUCUUCUUCUGCUGCCACUACUGCGGCCGGUGGCGGAAGCGGGAACAACGGCGGCGGCGGCGGCGGCGGCGGUGGCUCGUCUGCCGCCAGCGCGCUGUGGUCGCACAUGGACGUCUACACGACGCUCGUCAUGGCCCUGGGCGUCAGCGUCGGCAUGGUCGCGGUGCUGCUGUGAGGGGACGAGACGGACUGGUCCCCCUUUUCUCCGUUUGCUCGAUGGACGACGAGACGGCACACCGAUGUGCUUGAUGAUUUUUGAGAUUUUUGACGUUUAAUGACUGGGAUGGACGUGCUGCCGCUGCUUGAUACCUACCAUCUUAUAUACCCACCCUCCUUACUUGGUACUAAUCGGAAUUGAUUGAAAGUAAUUCAUUAAAUAAAGAACUAUUGCAUGGUCAGAGCCUUG